UAAUAAAAAGUCUACAGAGUGAGUCCUAUGAUUGGGCAGUUUCGGUUAACACUGUGCGUGAAUUUUAUCGAACACUUAAAACGAUUUUGCCUUUGUUUACUCAUCACACAACUCCACUCUUUUCUGUUUUCUCCGUUAACACACAGCGAACUUCUUCAUUCUCUUCACAAUCCCGCUUCUCCCGUUAAUUAUUAUCUAAAUUCUCAAACUACCCAAUUCCUCUAUCUUUCUCGUAGUUCAAUUCAAAGGGUGUUUUCCAAUUUCGUAGUUGUUGUUGAAUUUGAGAUCUAGGGUUUUACGUGAAGUUGUGGCUGGAUUGAAUUGAAUUAUCAUGAUGGAUGUGGAGGUUGUGGGUGGUGACGUUGCUUCCAUGGACCCGGAUUUGUUACAGUUACCGGAGCUUUCACCGUCGGCGCUCAAAUCCAAUCCCUAUCUUGCUGAGGAGCUCUUUUCGAUUUGGCUUUCGCUUCCUGACACUAAUAAAUUGGUGAAGUCUUUGCUGGCUGAUGCAAAGGCAGGAGCUCCUUUUAACACGUCUGGGAGUUCUAUUAGUGGGAAUAGUUCUUCGACCAAUUCAUUACCUUCCAUGUUUGCAGCUGGCAGUACUCCUCCUCUUUCACCACGCGCUACAUCUGGUUCUCCUCGUGUUACAAAACUCAGGACUGGCCCUUCUUCCUUAGCUUCUCCCUUGAAAAUAGUCAGUGAGCCUGUAUGGGAAGUCAUACCUCAGUUUUACUUUAAAAAUGGACGUCCACCUCCAAAUGAACUAAAAGACCAGUGUUUGUAUGCAAUUGAUCAGCAUUUUUAUGGCCACGUGCCUGGAUUGAAAGUUCAUGAGUUUAAGUCAGUCACAAAGGAAAUUUGCAAGCUACCAUCAUUUUUCUCUGCUGCUCUGUUUAAAAAGAUAAACACUGUUGGCACUGGAAUUGUGACAAGGGAUCAAUUUAUUGAUUAUUGGAUUAAAGGCAACAUGUUGACAAUGGAUUUAGCAACCCGGAUAUACACGAUUUUGAAACAACCGGAUCAUAGUUACCUUACUCAGGAUGAUUUCAAACCUGUUUUACGGGAACUUUUGGCGUCUCAUCCAGGGUUGGAAUUUUUGCAAAGUACGCCCGAAUUUCAGCUAAGAUAUGCGGAAACAGUCAUAUACCGAAUAUUUUACUACAUUAACAGAUCAGGAACUGGCCAUCUUACCCUCAGGGAGUUGAAACGUGGAAACUUGAUUGCUGCAAUGCAGCAUGUAGAUGAGGAAGAAGACAUUAACAAAGUCUUGAGGUUCUUCUCUUAUGAACACUUCUAUGUAAUUUACUGCAAAUUCUGGGAGAUCGACACAGACCAUGAUUUUUUGAUUGACAAAGAGAACCUUAUCAGAUAUGGUAACCAUGCUCUUACCUACCGGAUUGUUGAUAGAAUUUUUUCUCAGGUUCCAAGGAAAUUUACUAGUAAAGUUGUGGGGAAGAUGGGUUAUGAAGAUUUCGUUCACUUUAUAUUGUCGGAAGAGGAUAAAUCUUCGGAGCCUGGCCUAGAGUACUGGUUUAAAUGCAUUGAUUUGGAUGGGAAUGGGUUGCUCACACCAAAUGAAAUGCAGUUCUUUUAUGAGGAGCAGUUGCACAGGAUGGAAUGCAUGUCCCAAGAGCCUGUGCUAUUUGAAGAUAUAUUAUGCCAAAUUAUUGACAUGAUUGGGCCAGAGAAUGAGGGCUACAUAACUCUACGUGACUUGAAAGGUUGCAGACUUUCUGGAAAUGUUUUCAACAUUCUUUUCAAUCUCAAUAAGUUCAUUGCUUUCGAAAGUCGUGACCCUUUUCUUAUUCGUCAGGAGCGUGAAAACCCAACUUUGACAGAAUGGGAUCGGUUUGCUCAUAGAGAGUAUAUAAGGCUUUCCAUGGAAGAAGAUGUGGAAGAUGCUUCAAAUGGAAGUGGAGAUAUUUGGGAUGAAUCACUUGAGGCGCCCUUCUAAGUUAAUUAGCAGGUUCAUGAAGAAGGUUGAGGAUGCUUCCACGAAUCUUUAUCAUUUAUUGAAGAAUGGUUUAUUGCUCAGAUCAGUGACAAACUGAGAUGGGCAAUGUAGAUUUAUAUUUGUAGUUAGCAGUCGACUGACAGCAGUACAACCCCGGCACUCUGCAGUUGGUUUGUAUGAAGCUUUCAGCUUAGAUAUCAGAUGCAAUGGAAUAUUUGGUGCCAUUGCUGAUCAGUGUUUUUUUUCCCUGUGUUCAUAGAUAAAUUAAAGAAGCUAAAAAUAAUGGAAGUCAAACUUUUGUUUAUAAAAACUCAUUUCAAAGAA